AUGAUUGUUAGCUCUCUCUGCAAUGCAGGCGCUAGGUUCUCGGGGGAAGAAGGGAUAGAUGUAAGAAACAUGACAGAACACAAAAGAAGCCCCUGCUCUGUUGAUCAAAGCAGUUUUACUUCUCUUGCAUCCAAACGACAUAAGACUGAUUUAUCCAUCUCCACAAAGGAGAGGAAAGAGAAGCUUGGUGAACGGAUUGUAGCUUUGCAACAGCUUGUUUCGCCAUAUGGAAAGACAGACACAGCUUCAGUUCUGCUGGAGGCAAUGGAUUAUAUACGCUUCCUUCAUGAACAAGUUAAGGUGUUGAGCGCUCCAUACCUUGAAAGCACACCAACAGCUAAGAUGCAGGAAUUAGAGCCAUACAGCUUGAGAAGCAGAGGUCUGUGCCUUGUUCCUGUCUCUUGUACUGCCGGAGUUGCUCAAAGUAAUGGUGCAGAUAUCUGGGCCCCCAUUAAGAAUACUUCCCCCAAGUUUGAGAACGCUAUCUCACAAUUCCAUUGA